AUGGAUCUCCGGUCGGUCCUUAACACGUCUGACAAUGGCGACCGCGCGCCCUCAAAGGCACAGGCGCCGCCGACCCCUCACCAGCAGCAGCAGCAGCAGCAGCAGCAACAGCAGCAUCAGCGACAGCACAGCCAGCACAGCCAGCAGCCUCGCCCGACUCACAUCCCAGCCCAGUAUGGCUAUCGCGACUAUCCCCAACAGCCGCUGCCCCAGGGCUCGCCGACCAAGCCUCCCGCCCACGAAUAUUCCCCUCCUCAGAACCAUCCUCACCACUACCCGCAGCACCAACAGCCGCCGCAGCUCCCACCAAACGCCUAUCCGCAGCAGUCGCCCUACCAAGCCCCAAGCCCGUACCAGACACGACCUGCGCCGCCGCCGCUCCACACGCCGACGAAUGUAUACCACGAUGCGCGCUCGCCGGCCAGCUCCAGGUCAAACUCGGGGCCCGUGAUGGCCUCGCCCUACCGGCCAUCGCCCACAUCGGCCUCGACGCCGGGGGGCAAUGCAGGCUAUCCGUUUCCUCUGCAGCCUCCUCCAGAGAUGGCGAGCCCAAUCCAGCGCCAGCCGUACCCACCGGGCCCCCAAUACCAGGACCCGAGAAGAGACAGCUACGUGCAGAGCCCGGGCGCCGCACCGCCAGCACAUGGUCCCGCGCAAUACUUGCAGCAACAACAGCAGCAGCAGCAGGCCAUGCCACAAGCAUCGCCGGUGAGGACGUCGAGCAGCGCAUCGCACCCAUACCUCCAUCAACCACCGCAGCACGCACCGGCACCAGCCUCGAUCCAGAUCCAGACCCAGCAUCAGCAGUAUGGGCCCCAAUACGCACAGGGCAGCCCAGUCCUUGCAGCGCAGCCUCCACUCGCGGAUUACAGCCGCCACCCUUCGCAAGUCACCCCUUUGGGCCCUCCCCAGCCUAGCGUGCAGCGGCAGCCCUCUGCUCCAGGAGCUUUUGCUCAACCGUCCAGCCCAUACCAGCAGCGCAUGUCUUCCAUAGCACACGCACCGGCACCGGCUCCGGCACAUGCAUCUACGCCCACACAAACAACACCACCGGCACAAUCACAAUCACAUACACAGGCACAGGCACAGGCACAGCCAGCGCCGCCGCCGCCUCCACCCCCUGCCCAUCGCCAGUCGAGCUCUCAAUCCGCCUACGCAUCGCCCGUUGCAGAGUCGGCUCAGCAUCCACGACCUCCAAACGACCGGGAGCAAAGUCUGUCAGUUAGUCCCAAGACUAGACUUGGCUCAAUCCCCAGCAACCCCGACGUUACCCCGGCGGCGGCGGAUAGAGCCGCGAGAUCUUCACUCAGUGUCCACUCCAUGGCGAUUGACUCGGAUCGAGCCAUCACGCCGGCGAAGCGCAAGCUGGAAGAUCUCAACAUGAGCCCUGGGGAGCUAGAGUACAAGGAAUCGAAGCCACCCCCUGGCGAAGUGAACGGAGGGUAUGCAGAGCGGAUCAAAAAAUCGGCGUCUCCUGUGAUGCCACGAAAAACGCGGAUUCGACGCAGUCAGCCACCUGUCUGGGCACUGAGCAUCCACACGCUCGGGAAAAAUCUGCCAUCCAAACCCAACUACGUUCUCCAGGAAAGAGUCCACUCCCACAUACAACCAGCCGUCAACGGCAGACAUGAAUCUACGGUCAAGACAGAGCACGCCAGCCGCCAGGCUUCGCCUGAAACAAGACGAAAUCAGCAUGCCAGCGUUAGCCAGCAGCCAUCCGCCGUCAAUCCGCCGAACCCCCAAGACCAGCUGGGUCCAUGGGAAGCCAGCAUCACAGGUGUCAAGCCCUCGGAAGAGCUUUCCAAGAACGUGGCCGAUUUUCUCUUCAUUCAUGUCAUCAACAACCAAGAUAUGCAGGAAAUUACGAGUCGGGGAAUACAAUUCGAGAUUGAGGCUAAAUUAGGCACACUCAUCGACAAGGACACCAACCAGCGCGUGGAUCGAUUCGUCGCUACGGAAUGUAUUCUCGACGACAAUGGCCGGGUUGCAUUUAAAAGUAGCAUGACUGAAGCGCAACACAAAUCUUACAACGAUUUCCUGAACCACAUCGUUAUCCAGAGCGACCCGCGGAAUCCCACUGCCAAUCGAGUUCCCGUGAUAUACAAGCACAGAAGAGAGAGGGAUCGCUUUUUUGAGCUGCCGCAAGAAAUGCAGGGCCAUCUCCCAGGAUGCGUGCGAGCCCGUCUUGGCCAUCGUAGCCGAAACGUGCGAGUGCGAGUAACAUAUGACCAAAAGACCAAUGAAGUGUUGAAUAAAAUCAUCAAGGCGCGCGUUGCAGACAUUGACCUGCACAUGCCCAUGUGUCCCAUGGACUGUCGCAUAAGCAUCAACCUCGAAGCAAACUGGGAUGGAUCGGUGGAGGAGCUGGAGCAGAUGUCCGCCAACAAGGCAAACCAGCAGCCAGAUCGCAGUAAAGACCGAUUGAGCUACACACACGGGAGCUAUCAAGUCGACCUCACACAAGUCACCCACGCUGUGAAUGGCCCAGGGAACUCACAGCGCAUGGACAAAGAGCACGAGCUCGAAAUCGAGAUGAACCCUCAGGUGCUCAUUGACCAGGGGCGGAAAGCCCUGAGUGGAGCGCCUCAUAGAUACCAAGAGUUUGUGGAAGGAUUUGUGGACAACGUGCGAGUGUUGGCACGAAAAGCCAAAGAAUUUAAUUAAUAAUGAGCCAUCUAAAUCGGCUUCACUUUUUGAAAUUCUGGCGCGGACGAUUGGGUAUCUCUUAUCCUACCCCUUGUUCCCGCCUUUGUCGCUCUUUUUGGACGGUUAACAGCGGGAUAUCAAGUUCCCUAUAUUGGAAAUAAAGGAAUGUGCUAGGGAUGCAUGGUUCGGGCUUCUUUUUUUUUUUUGUCUAUUAUUU